GGAGAGGGGAGGGAGGGGGAUUUGUUUGGGUUACACCGGACUCAGCUGAGAGAGGACGCAGUACCGAGCUCGGGUGUUACGGCUGUAGAAGAUAACAGGACUGCAUGUGAGGACACCAUAACCCAGCAUGUAAUGAGAAUGCCCUCUCCCGCUGCCACCACGCAGUGAUGGAAGUCCGCUGCGGGGGGUUACUCUUCAGCUCCAAGUUUGACUCUGGAAAUUUGGAUCGGGUAGAAAAAGUUGAGCGAUUGGACGCAGAUGGCGAGGGUCAGAAUUCCAAUGGGGGCAACAGCACGGCGUUCGGUGGGUCAUCACAGAGUACGGACUAUGAGUUUAAUGUCUGGACCAAACCGGACUGUGCGGAGACGGAGUACGAGAAUGGAAACCGGUCAUGGUUCUAUUUCAGUGUACGAGGAGGCGCUCCGGGAAAGCUUAUUAAGAUAAACAUCAUGAACAUGAACAAGCAGAGUAAGCUGUAUGCACAGGGCAUGGCACCAUUCGUCCGCACUGUCCCUAUUAGAUCACGCUGGGAACGUGUCCGUGACAGACCCACCUUCCAGAUGGUGGACAACCAGUUUGUCUUGUCCUUUGCACAUCGUUUUCUGGAUUGCCGUGGAGCCACAACAUACUUUGCUUUCUGUUUUCCGUUUUCAUACGAGGAGAGCCAGGAGAUGUUGGCCGGCCUGGAUGACCGAUUCAGUGACUGCAGACUGAUGUCUCCUGGCAGCAGUUCCCCAGACUCCAUUUAUUAUCACCGUGAGCUGCUCUGCCACUCGCUGGACGGCCUCCGCGUGGACCUGCUGACCAUCAGCUCAAGUCAUGGGAUGACGGAAGAACGGGAGCCCCGGCUGGACAAGCUCUUCCCAGAUCGCUCCAAUCCACGUCCAUACCGAUAUACUGGGAAGAGGGUUUUCUUCCUGAGCAGCCGUGUUCAUCCCGGGGAGACGCCAUCCAGCUUCGUGUUCAAUGGCUUCCUGCAGUUUAUUCUGAGACAGGAUGAUCCACGGGCCGCAAUGCUGCGCCGCAUGUUUGUCUUCAAACUCAUCCCUAUGCUGAACCCUGAUGGGGUGGUCAAGGGACACUACAGGACUGAUACUCGGGGUGUCAACCUUAACCGCCAGUAUCUGAACCCUGACUUUGAACUUCACCCGUCAGUCUAUGGAGCAAAGUCUAUCCUUCUCUACCACCACGUUCAUAACCGAGUGUGUCCCACGGAUCCUGAUUGGAGGAAUUCCAUAUCUCUGUCAACUUCCAGCGUUACUUUACAGCCAAAAACCUCAAACCAUUCCCAGUCACAGCCUUCAACUGAGGUCACCUUGACCGAUAUGGAGAAAACCAACAACCUGUUGAACAGUAUGGGCAGAGAGGGUCCAUACAUCACGUCAUCUCAGGGCCUCACACCAGACACCAGCAUUGUGCCGGGGCUCCCGGACUUUAUCAGGGAAAAGGAGGAUUGGGUCUUGGGGCCGGACCUCAAGACUGAGGUGGUUGAGCAGUGUGAGAACAGUUGGUGUGGUGACCUGACCACGGAGUCUACACCUUCCAUCCCCCCUCAGGAAAGUGGCAUUGCCUUUUAUGUGGACUUACAUGGUCAUGCUUCUAAGAGAGGGUGCUUCAUGUAUGGGAAUUGCUUCUCCGAAGAGAAUGACCAGGUGGAGAACAUGCUGUACCCCAAACUCAUCUCCUUGAACUCUGCCCACUUUGAUUUCAUGGGUUGCAAUUUCUCUGAGAAGAACAUGUAUGCAAAAGACAAGAGAGAUGGCCAGUCCAAAGAGGGCAGUGGACGGGUAGCUGUGCACAAGGCCACAGGGAUUAUCCGCAGUUAUACCUUGGAGUGUAAUUACAACACGGGCCGAUGUGUAAACUCCAUCCCUGUGGCUUGCCAUGACAACGGACGAGCCACUCCACCACCUCCACCAGCAUUCCCUCCCAAGUUUACCACAGACAUAUUUGAGCAGGUGGGCCGAGCUGUGGCCAUCGCAGCAUUGGAUCUGGAGGAAAGUAACCCCUGGCCCCGUAUUAUCAUGUCCGAGUAUAACAGCCUUUCCAACCUGAGGGCCUGGGUGCUGAAACAUGUCAGGAACACCAAAACCACUACCAACGGGGGGUCAAAGAAGAAAGGAACAAAGACCCCACCAAAACCCAUCUACUCCUCGUUGUCAGAAAACAGUCUGACCAGAUCGCGGAGUUACAGCAACGGCACUACUACCAGCAGCAGCAGUCAGCAGAAUUCUCCCCCGACCAAACCCUGCCCCAGCUUCACCUUCGUCUGUUCCAGCAGCAGCCAGAGUCCACCCAAGGGCAGCCACCGAUUCCUGGGACCCGUGAGAGAAACGAGAGCUCAGGAGAAAAGGCGGCAACACCAUCAGUCAUUACUACGAGCCGCAGUCCAGAGCCCACCAAGCAGCCAUCAUACCUCCAGCUCCCAGGCACCUCAGAUCACACCACUCCUCAACCGAGGGUGCCCAAGGACUUCACUACAGAAGCCAUCUUGUUCCUUGCCGAUGUCACUCAGCAUGUCAGGCAGCGGCUUCACCGGUCUUAUCUCCAAGACAAAGCCCUCGGUACAAAUCAGGAAAGGCUCACGGGAAGGAGACAUCAGCAAGACUCGCAUCCGCCCAGACCCCGGGGCCACUCUUAUUCAGAACUUGCAGAAAAGAAGUAACAGCCAUAGCACAGAUUAUUCCAGGUCUCUGGAAAGUUUGGGUGUGCGUCCCAGCCGGAUCCCAGUCCGGAGGAAUGGGCUACUGCAUACCCAGAGCCUCGUCCAUGUCACCAAUGAGCGGGAUUCCCCCAUCCUUAGAGUGUGGAAAUACACUGCGGACCAGACCCUGAAACACUGCGCACUCACAGAUCUGGCAGCGGUGACGUCUAGUCUGACAGUGUGCUCAGUGCCACUUCUUCGCACCAAAACCGAGGAUCCUCUGUUCAUCUGUGAGCCUGGCAAAAAGAUGGGAGAGCAGAGUUUCCCGGUUGUGUCCCCAGAUGCCACUCGUCUCUCUCCUUAUCAGAGCGUUCUGUCCUUCUGCGCGGAGGGAUGAUGGGGUCCGCCUGUGGAUCUGCAGAUUUAUGGUGCUACGUGGUGAGCUAAACCACCACAACGAGAAUAGGACCAACAGCGCCCCACAGUGUUUAUAUUCCUACACUACAACUCUCCUCCCCGGUGCCCCCUCUGUUGUUGUAUGGUCACUGUGGGGUUGUAUCAUACGCACUUGAGUCACAUUGUAGUCACCCUCCGGAAUCGCUCAAGGAUCUAGUCAGUGUUUUUUAAGCUUAUUCUGGUACUGAAGGUGUUCAAUGGCCACUCCACCCAAUACUGGAAAGACAUUAAUUAAAGCAGAACUAAAUCCAUUGAUUUACCAAUUUGGCUGGUAUCAUAACUGAUCACACGUGACAACUGCAGAUCAAACAGAGGCCAAGAUGGCCGCUUUCUUGCCUAAAGGAAAUGAGGGUUUAGUUCCGCUCUAAUAAAUCAGUGCAUCCAACAGUGUUAUUAUUUCAAUUUUUGAUAAACACUGCAGAGCAUCAAUGGGCCCAUAGGCUUGUUAUCUUGCAGUGACUCCAGCAUCAAGGUAUUCUUUUCUAAGUUCCCUGGCUGCUUUUUGUGCACCUUAGAGGAGGAAAUUGGUCUCCUAUUCGGGGAAAUAUGAAAGGUGACCUUCCCCACCGAUACUUACCAUUUCUCCUGCUCUGUUCGGGAAUGGCUUGAGAGAAAUCUAUCUGUGGAUUCCCCAUCAAUAAACGGGGGUGAAUUAGGGUUGCACCGAUAACGGUUUUUGUUUUGUUUUUAUCCCAGAGUACCGAUACUUUCGGUCAAGUGCUCACCGAUACCUUUGCGGUGUGAUUUGAGCCCAUACCAAAUGAAUGGGCUUAAAUUGCACUGCACAGAAUCGCAUGCGAUUUGAACAGCAAUGUGGUGCGAUUCCGGUUGCAUGCCGCUUUCCCCAGCGCUCCGGUGUGAUCCCAGUAUAGAAAGACAAGUAAGUGCCAUCUAAGAAGAUCUGAUUUUUUUUUUAAAAAGAAGGUUAUACUAUCACA